ACUCGUCGUCUUCCUCGGGCUGCUAAAGAAGAUCCUAGAACUCACCACUCCCAUGGCUCUCAAUCUACGCCUUAAACAGCUUGAAUGUGUAACCCGGAUGCUGAAUCUGAACCAACCUCUGGAUCCAAGCGAGGAAUUUUACAAGGUGUUGAUCUACGACGAUUUCUGCAAAGAUGUCAUCGCUCCAUUAAUGCCGGUGAAGGAUCUUCGUAGACAAGGAGUUACGCUUGAGUCGCUCAUCUCUAACGAAAAGAGAAAGUACGUUUCCGCUGUAGCCGUCUACUUUGUUCGACCCACUGAAGCCAACAUCCGCAGAAUCAUAGCCGAUGUUUCUUCGUCUCUCUACGACAACUUUCAUUUCAACUUCUCCUCUUCUAUCCCUCGCCCUCUCCUCGAGAGCUUAGCUUCAGGGACUCUUGAUUCCGGUUCCAUUGAAAGGGUUUCAAAGGUUUGUGAUCAGUAUCUUGAGUUUGCGACUUUGGAAGAUAACUUGUUCUCCUUGGAACAAGACUCUGUAUAUCUUCAGUUGAACGAUCCAUCAGCGACUGAUGGAGAGAUUGAAGAGAUCAUCGGAAAAGUUGCUAAUGGGAUCUUCUGUGUAUUGGCGACGCUUAGUGUUGUCCCUGUGAUCCGAUGCCCUCGUGGAGGACCAGCAGAGAUGGUGGCGACUUCUCUGGAUCAGAAACUAAGGGAUCAUCUUUUGUCCAAGAACCAUCUGUUUAGCGGCGGUUCACUGAGCUCGUUUCAACGGCCUUUGCUGUGCAUUUUCGAUAGAAACUUUGAGCUCUCCGUCGGGAUUCAGCACGAUUUUAGAUACAGGACUCUUGUUCACGACGUUCUUGGUCUAAAGCUCAACGCUUUGAAGCUCCCAGGUGAGAAACUAGGCGAGAAGGAGACGUUCGUAGACAUUUCAGACCCGUUUUGGUGUGCGAACGGUUCUCUAGAGUUUCCUCAAGUCGCAAUGGAGAUUGAGACUCAGUUGAACAAGUACAAGAAAGACGUGGAGGAGGUUAACAAGAGAACUACGGGAGGUGAGAGCACUGAUGUGAUGAUGAUUGUGAACACCAAGAAUCUGAUGAAUGCUGUGAACUCGCUUCCAGAGCUGACAGAGAGGAAGAAAGUAAUCGACAAGCACACCAACAUAGCGACUUUGCUCCUACGAGAGAUCAAGGAGCGAUCUCUUGAUGUGUUCACAGAGAAAGAGAAUGACAUGAUGAUCAGAGGAGGGAGCAUAGACAUGAGCGAUCUUCUCUCUGUUCUGAAAGGGAAAGGUACGAAGAUGGACAAGAUCCGUUUUGCCAUCAUGUACUUGAUAUCCUUGGAAACUAUAAACCAGGUAGAGGCAGAAGCCGUGGAAGCGGCCUUGCGUGAAGCUGAGGCCGAUACAAGCGCGUUUCGGUAUGUGAAAAAGAUCAAGUCGCUGAAUGUCUCCAUGGAAGCAAACUCAGCAAGUAGAAGCAACAUUCUCUAUGGUCAGUCAAUAAGCGCGGUCACUGCUGGAGUCAAGAAUCUCUUAACCGGUGAUCAGAAACUGGCCGUGGCGCGGACUGUUGAAGCUUUAACCGAGGGGACACCGAACCAGGAAACCGAUUCAUACCUAAUGCUUGAUACGAGAGCUUCAAAGUCAGGCUCUAGUGGUGGUAGUAGUAGUGGUAGCAAUGCGAUGGGGCCGUUCAGAGAAGCGAUAGUUUUCAUGGUCGGUGGUGGAAACUACAUUGAGUAUAACAGUUUGCAGGAUCUCUCGCAGCGUCAGGAGACGGUGAAGAACAUUAUAUAUGGAGCCACGGAGAUGCUUACUGGAGCUGAGCUCGUGGAGCAGCUCGCGCUCUUGGGACAGAAGAUGGGACUGAGG